GUAGGAAAGCAGUUUGCUAAAAGCAGUCCUGCCUGGUUACUCCCUAACUCUCACUAUAACCUUAUAGGGAGGUGGAGCAGGAGAUUGUCCCUCCCCUUCCCAGCAGGAGUUUGAGGCCCAGAGAAGUUUAUGUGCCUUGGCAAAGCCAAAACUAGAACCAGGUGUCAGGUUCUUUCAUCGGGUUCUCCCAGGACACCUACUUUCCUCCGGGGCUGCUUCCCUGACCAUCUGAAUACGCCAUGCUGUUGGACAGCCAGUCAUAACCCCUUCCCUGGGGCCACUCAGGGCUGGUUUGCUGACCGCACCAUGGCUCUGAGUGACCCAUAGUGAAAUGACAGUGCUCUGAAGGACACAGUAGCAUUUGCAGGACCCAGGAUGCUAUGCUGCUCUCCAUGAGUUGGUCCCCACAUCUGUCCAUUGCUGCCCUUUCUGAACCUCUGGCUAUCUGGAAGCUGUGCUGUGUUCCUUGCCAAGAUGAAGUGCGUCUUGGUGGCCACGGAGGGUGCAGAGGUCCUCUUUUACUGGACAGACGAGGAGUUUGAAGAGAGUCUGCGGCUGAAGUUUGGACAGUCAGGGAAUGACAGAGAAGAGCUUCCUGCCCUGGAGGACCAGCUCAGCACGCUCCUGGCCCCGGUCAUCAUCUCCUCCAUGACGAUGCUGGAGAAGCUCUCGGACACAUACACCUGCUUCUCCACGGAAAAUGGCCGCUACCUCUACGUCCUUCACCUGUUCGGGGAAUGCCUGUUCAUCGCCAUCAACGGAGACCACACGGAGGGCGAGGGGGACCUGAGGCAGAAGCUGCGUGUGCUCAAGUACCUGUUCGAGUUGCACUUCGGGCUGGUCACCGUGGACAGCCAGCUCAUCCGCAAGGAGCUGCGGCCCCCAGACCUGGUGCAGCGCGUCCAGGUGUGGGAGCGCUUCCAGAGCCUGCUGUGGACCUACGGCCGCCUGCGGGAGCAGGAGCAGUGUUUCGCUGUGGAGGCUGUGGAGCGGCUGAUCCACCCUCAGCUCUGCGAGCUGUGCAUAGAGGCGCUGGAGCGGCACGUGGUCCAGGCUGUCAACUCCAGCCCCGCCCGGGCCGGCGAGGAGGCCCUGCAUGCCUUCCUGCUCGUGCACUCCAAGCUGCUGGCCUUCUACUCCAGCCACAGCGCCAGCCCCCUGCGCCCGGCCGACCUCCUCGCCCUCAUCCUCCUGGUCCAGGACAUCUGCCCCAGCGAGAGCGCAGCGGAGGACAGCGGCGCCGACGACGAGGACACUCAGCCUUCCCUACGGAGGCUGCAGAGCAGCCAGAACAUCCCCUUGCAGCAGGCCUGGAGCCCUCGGUCCUCCGCCUCCACCAGGAAUUCUGCAGGGACAGAGACAGACAGCUUCUCCCUCCCUGAGGAGUACUUCACCCCGGCUCCUUCCCCAGGGGAGCAGAGUUCAGGUUCAGGCAGCACCGUCUGGCUGGAUGGAGGCACCCCACCCACCGAUGCUUCCCAGAUCCAGAUAGCUGAAGACACCCUUGAAACACUCAUCCCUGACCCCCCGGCACCUCCCUGUCCCAGAAGGAUUUUCCUGGAUGCCAGUGUGAAAGACAGCUACUGCCCCAUGGUGCCCCACACCAUGUACUGCCUGCCCCUGUGGCCGGGCAUCAGCAUGGUGCUCCUGACCAAGAGCCCCAGCGCGUCCAUGGCCUCAGUCCUGUACCAGCUGCUGGACGGGUUCUCCCUGCUGGAGAAGAAGCUGAAGGAGGGGCAGGAGGCCCGGAGCUUCCUGCGGUCCCACCCGCUCACGGGGGACCUGCGCCAGAGGAUGGACAAGUUUGUCAAGAAUCACAAGGGGCAAGAGAUUCAGAGCACCUGGCAGGAGUUCAAGACCAAGGCCUUCUCCAGAAGUGAACCCGGAUCGUCGUGGGAGCUGCUCCAGGUGUGUGGGAAGCUGAAGCGGCAGCUUUGCGCCAUCUACCGCCUGAGCUUCCUGACCAUGGCUCCGGGCCGGGGAGGCCCCCAGCUGCCCCAGCACCUGCAGGACCAGGUCCAGGCGCUCAUGCAAGAAAAGCUGAUGGACUGGAAGGACUUUCUGUUGGUGAAGAGCAGGAGGAACGUCACCAUGGUGUCCUACCUGGAAGACUUCCCGGGCUUGGUGCACUUCAUCCACGUGGACCGCACGACUGGCCAGAUGGUGGCACCUUCUCUCAGCAGCAGUGAAAGGACCUCAUCUGAGCUGGGCAAGGGGCCCCUGGCUGCCUUUAUCAGAACCAAGGUCUGGUCUCUGAUCCGGCUGGCACGCCGAUACCUGCAGAAGGGCUACACCACGCUGCUCUUCCAGGAGGGCGACUUCUACUGCUCCUACUUCCUGUGGUUCCAGAACGAGAUGGAAGCUCCUGCGCUACUACAGCAAGGGCCACCCCGCCGAGACUGUCAAGUGUCACGAGCUGCUGGCCCUCCACCUGUCGGUCAUCCCCAUAGACAUGCUGGUGCAGCAGGCGGGCGAGCUGGCCCGGCGCCUGUGGGAGGCCUCCCGCGUGCCCCUGCUGUAGGCCGCCGACUGCCCACUGCAGGGGCCCGUGCACCCCGCUUCUGCACCCCACCCCCGCGUGCAGACAUUCCCCAGGGCGAGAGCCUCCUUCUGUCUGAGGAGGCCACCCGAGGAUGGUGUCGUCCCCAGGGCAGCCCCAGGGUUUCUUUUCUUUUUUUUCUUUGUUUUCUUCUGUUCCCUCCUGGUAGGAUUUCUUUAAGAAGCUUCACCUGGUACAGCCACUCUCCAGGCAGUGACCAAACCCCCAGACUCUUCCGUCUUGCGGAGGAGGGUGGGUGGCCAGGAGGCUCCAUGGGUCUCCUUAAAACAGCAGUGGCUGUGAGGUUCAGGGCUGCCUCUCCAUCUGUCCUCAGGAGGCGGGUCCCCAGUGCCUGCCGUGUCUGAAGACACCUACUCUGUGCCUUGUUGGAGGGAGGAAGACUCCCUCCAGAAGCCGUUUCCUCCCCGCACGGAAGGAGCUCCGCUGGCUGGGGUUGAACUCCGACUCUGCCAGUUCCCGUCUGCGGCUCUGGGCAGCUCUCCCAAACCCAGCCUGUCUCCCCAUGUGCGGAGUGGCCGUGCCUCCUUUCCGGGUGUUGUGAGGGCUGCUGGACACGGGACAGGGGCUCAAUAAACGCUGGCGCAA